AUGGGCGUAUUCGAUGAUCCAAAAAGAAAUGCGAUACGAGAAAAGACCAAAUCUGGAUUCUUCACUGAUUUUUUCUUUCGGAGGUAUCAAUCCUUUGAAAAUAAUUUCUUAAAAAAUAUCCAGCUAAAACCUGCUUAAACCAAACCUGAAUUGAAGAGUUGAAACCUCACUAAAUUUUGAAAAAAAUCAUUUCAGUGAGGUCACCGACUACCGAAACCUGAGAAUCGUGAUAAAUACCAUAUUCGGCAUCUUUUUCUGCACCUCUCUCUACUAUUUCUGCUGGAAAAAGCUCAACUUUGGCGAUUUCGACGCAGCCUACGGGAUUUUGUUGAAAUGGUUCAUGAUUUUCUUGACCUUGUACGCGUUUGCGACGAAUUCUGUGAGUUUUUGAAGAUACUUUUUUUAAAUUCGAAGUGAAAUAUUCAGCUUUUUCGUUGCGCAUUUUUCUGUGUACUGAUUGGCGCUUUUGGGAAACAAGGACAAUGUGAGUUUUUUUCGGAUGUUUCAGUUGUAUGAGCAUGGCUUUAAAGAUUAAAGAGAAAUUCAUUUUUGAAGAUCCCUUCACAAUGUUAAUCGUUGGAAAUUUACAAGAAGGACCGAUUUCCAACGUGGUUCAUAAUUAUGAGCUCACUAGUGAACUUGUCGUUUGUCAUUUGGAGCUUCAGUCGAAGGUACUUUCAUGGGAAAAAGGGUUUUUAUCGUAAAAAAAUUUUUGUCAUUUUCAGUCGAUUCACCUCAAUGGAAUUCCACAAAUUUCACAAUUAUACUCCAUUCACCGCUAGCUUGAUACGAAAAUGAGUACAAAGACCCUCUCCCUUCCACGCUGUUUUAAUAAUCGUCUUUGAAAUCAUAGAUGAAUGAUUUACCCUGCGCCCGACCAAAAACUCCUUGGACUCAAGCGAGAGACAAAAAAAAAAGGGAAGAGCGUUUGAGAACUGACAAGGAGAGUGUGUGAGGCGAACAUUGCAGAUCUAGCUCAAAAUUCUGUGGUAGAUAGUCCGAGGUAUGAUUACUCGAAAAUAAAAAGAAAUAUUUGCUAGGCGCCAUAGGGAACUAAGAAAUAGCCUGUCCAAAACGAACAGAAAAAAGCUUAAUAACUGAUUUUCUUCAAUUAUUUUUGUUUACGAAUACUUAUAACUGGGACUACCUCCCACAGUAGUUUGAUACAUAUCUGCGAUGCUCACCUCCCACACUUCCCUCGUGAGGAAAAGUCGUGACUUGUCGAUUUCGUUUUGAAGCCAUUUUAAAUGCGACAAAGACACUAUUUCACUGUAUAUUUGAAUGAAAAAGUGAAAGUUCAAUCUUAUUUCUCAAUUUUAGAUAAUUUCUAACCGAGUCGCUUUGCUAACGGGUCCAAUGGAAGAACUUGUUGAACGCAUGAUCAGUUCGUUUUUUUUUUCACCUUCAAAAAUAAAUAAAUUACAGCAAAAGGAACCAGAACAAUGCGAAAAAUAGUGAAAGAAGUGCGAGAGCUGUUGUCGCCGUUUCUGUCCGAUUUGACUAUGGAAAACACGAAAGAGGACAAAAAAGCUGUCGAGGAAGCGAUACAAGUUCAAGUAUGCCUGUCAUAAAGUCCCGAAGGUUCACCACAAAAAGCGUAUUAUCAUUGGUCAGAACUACUGUGAAACAUUGAGGAAAAAAAAAACUUCUAGAUAUUUCUUCGUUUUUUUGCUAGCGCUAUGAAAAAAAAUUAAUUCAUUCUAGAACAUCGAGAAAAGAAAAGAAAAAAUAUUGAAACUUUGGCAAAAGGCACUCGACCGACCACUUACAGCAGAUGAUGAAGUUGUUAAGGUUCACUUUUCCUCUUUCAAGUUUCAUAAUAAUUUCAUUAAGGAACUAACAUAUUUGAACGAUUCUUCCCUGGCCAACGUAUCACUGGAACAACCGCCACCUUGGAAAACUUUCAAGACGCAGGUGAUUUUGCUUUCCGAUUUCGCAGGGUCAAAGAACAUUUUUUAAAUAAGAUUAUGAAAAAAUAAGAUUAGAGAGUUUGUGACACCUUUUUAGGAACUCAGAAAGGAGCUCUAGAAUCUUUUUCUGUGAGGUCUUUCCGACUUUGUAAAGGAGAGUUAGGAACCCAUGUGAUAGUUUGGCGAAUUAUUUUAAAUUCCAACUUCUGUUUGGUUUAAAAAAAAAGAGAAUAACAUACUAGAGUUCUUACCGGUCAGUUGGCUAGUUGACAAGUAUAGCUGACUUACGGCUGACUUGAGCCAUGGAAAAAGGAGUCCUGAAAUGAUAAGAAAAAGAGAAAAGGCCUUAUUGGUAAGGCGCAGACAGGCCACGCCCCUUCAUCUCUCAUGUUAGCCGUGAAUCGGGCUAUACAGGUAUGGGAAAACAUAGUGUGAGGACUUUGAUCUCGUUUGUUUCCCUCUCUAAAAAGUGAAUGUUUUAAAAAUCAUAAAUCACUAAAAAAAAAUUUCGAGUCUGUGUGUUUAGAAAUGUUAGGAAAGACAGGUGAUACGCGAUUCUUUAGAUUUCGAAGAUCUGGUCAUGUGUUGUCAAAGGAAAUGUAGAUCUUUGGUUUUUCAUCGGAAUUGUUUAUAGACUCACUCUGGGCAAAACAGUUUCAGUUAACGGUUUCUUUAAGCCAUUUCUUCAAAAUAUCAUAAUGUUUUUUUUUUCAUAAGGCUUGUAAUUGUUUUCUGAUAGCUAUGGGUCUCAAAAAUGCAUUACUCGGAAAGUCUCGAUAAAAAGUCAGAUGUCGAUCGCAUGAAGCAUGUGCACGAAGCCUAAAGCACGUGUCUUCCGGGUUUCUCGAUCUUUGAAAAGAUUUUCGAACAAUUUUUCAUGAAUUGUGAUAGGGAGUCCUAUUAUCGUGACUUUGUUCUUUUAACCUCUCCUAUUCGCAGAAGUUCGACUUAAAAGUAAUUUUUGAUAUUUUCGUUGAACCUAGUUGGCUUCAGUUAGGUUAGUGUUUUCUUAAAUUCUAUUGUAGUGAACCUCGUUUAUUCAGAACUUUGGAAAUAUUUUCUUAGUGGAGAAAUGGGAACAACUUUAGUUAUGCGUUUGAAAGACUCCUCAAAUGAGCUUUUACAUUAAUAACAUUGAAAAAUAGAUUCCGGCAGAAUGAACGAUAAUGUUUCGUCGACAAUAAAAGGACGAGUGUUGAUGAUGAUCCAUGUAAACCGUAAAGAAAUACCGACAAAGUACCCAGAUCUGGAAGAUAUCAGUUUGAUUUUAACUCUAAGGGUCCUUCGUACGUAAGGUUCUUAAGUUGAAUAUGGCUGUGACAUUGAAAGCCAUCAUAGGCAAUAACAACAGUACUCCAGGGAUUAGAAGCUGAAAUUUUUCUGAGACAAAAUAUUGGAAAAAGCAAACCUGGAACAAUAAAGAGAGGAAAAAUUGCAUUUGCUGUUGUUUGGUUCCAUGCGAGACAUGGAAUUGCUCCUGGCGAAGAAAAUAAAAUAUUCUCACGCUGAAUGAAAGAGCGACGAAACACGUAGGAACGGCCACUAGAAGUAAAUAAGGUAGAGAUAUAUAAUCAACAUCGAUUAUAAAUGAAUGAGACGUGAAAAUCUCGUCUGGGAUACAUCCAAGUCCCUGAAAUGAUAUGGUUUGUUCAGAGCUUUGACUGGGUCGCUUUUCUUUACGAAACUUUAUUCAAAUUAUUCUCUUCCCGUUUCGAAGGCUAUAAAAUUGAAUCAUUUUUGAUGAAGUUUGUUCAUAAACUCAAUUUACCUCAACAAUUAUAGACUUAGUUUUUUCCAGGUCUUCUGGCCUUUCAAGAUACAUCAGAAAGAAACAUAUUUCUUGAAAAACCAGCAAGAAAAUGAAUAAAGUGUAUCGUUGUACUUUCCCAAAACGAAACCAAGCAUUGCUUGGCGCUACACAAUAGUGUCGAUGUUCGAAAAGCGCAACGAUUGAGGUUGAAACGCCUGGAAAUGCAUGAGUUUGAAGGAAACCUCACAGCUUUUUGUACAAACAUGGGAAAAGGAUUAGGGAGCCUGCAAAUUGUAUCUCUGCCGGUACGCCAUGGCUCGAAGCAGACCAUAAGUAUAGCCGGCGAAAAAAGGACUAUACAAAAUAGGGGUGAGUAAAAUAGUGACGAUCGCGUCGAAAAUAAAGGUCCUGAGAAACUUAUCUUGUCAAAGGAAAUCAAAAACUGAAACGACCAAAUCUGAAAGUUGAUUAAAAGUAAUCUAUAUUGACGUAACAUUUGUGAUGGCGACUUGUAGACUAUGCAAUAAACGGCAAGAAUGUUCAACAGCAAAGUGAAAAAGAAAGUCAUAGUUCCUGUUGUUCGAAGGACAUCGCCGUUGAAAAUUGGAUGAUGCUCACAAGUAGGGAAGUUCAUUGGGUAUGAAAGUAUCGCGGCGAUUAAGCGUCGAAUAGGAAGUGAGACUGCGAGAAGCAGGUGAACUUGAGAUGAAUUUUCCAGCUUGAUUUAGUUGGAAUUUCAAAAAGGGACAUGUGAGAAAGAGAGGUUUCCUUUUUCCACUUGAUGAUUAUGAUGAGGAAUGAUCUCUCAUCUAUUUUCGAUCCGAAUUACAUUUUCUUUAUUUCCUUCUGGUCUUUGUUUCAAAAUCGGGCGAUUCUCUCUUUUUCAUCAUUUUAAAUCCCAGAAAAGAAGUCAAAAACUAUUUAUUGGUAUUAAUGCUUGUAACUCUUGUCUCCCGACGUCUUCUUGCUUUAAAUAAGUUACAGAAGAGGCCUUUGCAGAAUAGGCGAUAAUGUUUUGUUGAUAAUAGUAAGACUAAUGUGGAUAAUAACCCGUGGAUGCCAGCCAAGAAUACGACUAUAACUCCAAGAUCUACAAAUCCUUCAGUUUGACAAAAAAGAAAGGUCAUUUUUUUGGAUUACGCAGUGAGUUGAGUUCGAGGAAGCUUGUGAAGUUGACGGCUACAACCGGAAGUAUAAUGAGUGCUGCUGGUAUGAGGAGCUGAAGUUUUUCCGUCAAAGAAUAACGUGGAAAAAAUCCUGCCUGACAACAUAGAGAUAGAAAAAAUCGCUUUUGUUGUUUUUGAGUUUUUGUCGAGACAUAAGUUUGGGUGUUCAGAAGAAAAUAACAAAUCCUAGCGCUUGAAAUUGUCACAAAUAAGAUGGCGGGAAUUACUGCAAUGCUGAAGGUGUACAACCCGGUAUAUUCAAGGUCCAGGAUAGUAGAGUGAGGCGUGAAAAUGCCGGCUGGAACACAUCCAAGUCUCUGAAAUGUUGAAAAGAUUUAUGACUUUUGCAUGAAUUGACCUCAACGGUUAUUAGUUUAGCUUUUUCUUGGUCUUCCGGCAUACUGAUGAAGAAGAUAAAGGACAGGAUUUCUUGAAAAAUUAGUAGCGAAGUGAGGAAUAUAUAACUUUGGCCUCUGUUAAAACGAAAGGUAGCGUCUUUAGGAAUCACACAAUAGUGUCGGUGCUCGAAAAGAGCAACAACCGAAGUUAAAACACCUGGAAGUUGGAAGAUAGUAACUUAAUGAAUAAUUCAUUCACAUGGAGCAACCGCAUAACUGACUGCAAUUUGUACUUUAUUAGGGACCCCGAUAACUCUCAAUAAUCCAUAGACACAGCCGCCACAUACUGGACUAUAAACUACAGGCGAUUCCAAAACAGUAAAAAGCAUGUCGAAAAUAAAAGUCCUUAAUGUUCAUCUUUCAACUUGAGAUUUUCCAGAAAACAAGUUCUUUACCAUAUUUGACAGUUGAAUAGAAGUAAUUUAUACCGGCGUAGCAUUUUUGACGAAGAUUUGUAGAAAAUGCAAUAGACGGCUAAUAUAUUCAGCAAUAAAUUAAUAAUAAAACUUAUGAUCCCAGAAUAUCGGAGGACAUCUUCGUUGAAAAUCGGAUGGCGCUCGCAAUUUGAGUAGUUCAUUGAAAGAAUAAAUUUUGAUGGAAAAUAAACGCUGAAUAAGAAGUAAAGCUGUGAAUUAAUUAUGAAAAUGUGUGAGAAAAGGAAAAAAAAAAGGCAGGUGCUAUUAUUACAAAUUAGAUUUCAAGUUUCAGCUUUUUUUUUAUUGUCUAGCUAGUCGUGACAAAGCCUGUCUUUUUCUCAGAAAAACGAUAAAAGGGUUUGGGCCACGCGCAAGUUAGUAGAAAAUCGGUGGUAUGAAAAAAAGAGCAGCGAAAAUUCAAACGGCGACUUUUCCGAUUUUUCAUAUCGCUAAAGAACUUUCCGACGGCCACCUUUCCGACGAAACAAUUUCCGACUUUUUUUCCCAUAUAUUUUUCGGUUUAUAAAACAUCUAUUGACAUUUUUUUCCUAUUUCUUUGUGUUUUAAACAUGAACCAACUACCUACUUCAUAUAGGAAGAUUUAAAACGAAGGUUUUAUCGAGAAAAAAGUCGGAAAAAGAUUCAUCGGAAAGGUGGCCGUCGGAAAGUUCCCUAGCGAUUUGAAAAAAUCGGAAAAGUCGCCGUUUGAAUUUUCGCUGGUGUUCUUUUCAUACCACCAGAAAAUCAGUGAUACAUCUAUAUAUUUUAGCUGCGAAAUUUAAAUACAAGCAUAGUAACCUUGUACACAGCUUUAAUGAACACAGUGUGACGAGAGCAUUGCAAUCUCAUGCAAAUGAUUUAUAUUUAUUUUUCACAGCCUAAUUUUUAAUAAUAACAUUGAUAGAUUUGACCUUUCUGUCUUUUUUUCCUAUAUUUGCCUUAAUCAUGUUUCUCAGCUUCGAUUUUACUGCUUUAUAAUUGCCAGCUGAAGAAAUUCGUUUCACAUCAAGCUUGGUGUUGUGUUAUUGAUAAUUUUCAAUCAUUAUUUAGAUAUUUGAAGGCUUGUAAUUCUUGUUUCCCGGCGCUUCUCCUUUCUGAAGAGGUUGCAUAAAAGGCUCUCGCAAAAUAAACGAUAAUGUUUCGUUGAUAAAAGUAGAACCACAGUUGAGGAUAGCCCAUGGAGACCAGCUAGGAAUAUGACCACGAUCCCAAGAUCUGAAAGUAGUUCAUUUUCCAAAUAACUUCGAAGUUUUGAAUCACGCAGUGAGUGCAGUUUGAGAAAGCUUGUGAAAUUGACGGCAAUGACUGGAGCUAUGAUGAUAACUGCUGGUAAAAGAAGCUGUAAAUGUACUUUUUCAGAAUUUCAGAAUUUUUACAUUCCAAAAAAACCAAACCUGGCAACAUAAAGAGUCGAAGAAUCGUUUUUGCUGUAGCCGCGUUUUUUCCGAUGUGUGUGAACGGGAUUUUUUGAGAAAAUAUAUAAUCCUUAAACUAAAGAAUAGGGCGAAGAAAACGACAGGAAUGCCCGCGGAUAUGAAAAUGUAGAGACCCACGAAAUCGAGGUCGAUAAUAAUGGAGUCGGGUGUGAAAAUGUUGUCUGGGAUACAGCCAAGUUUCUGAAAAAUAAUGCUGAAAAAAAUCACGAGUCCUUUCGGGAAAAUACCGCGACAGCUCUGAUUUUUGGCCUUCUCUUGGUCUUCUGGCAUUUUCAGAAACAGGAUCAAAGAUAGAAGUUCUUGAUAAAUUAGGAGGAAUAUAAGAAAGAUGCAUCUCUUCAACUUUCCGAAUCGAAAAGAUGCAUUAGUUGGCGUCACACAGUAGUGACGGUGUUCGAAAAGGGCUAUUACUGAGGUUAUCAUGCCUGGAAAUGUUUUAACUGAUGGAGCUAAAAAAACUCAAAAAGUAUUUUAAAGUCUUCUCAAAAUUUGAAAGGCAGUAAAAAGUAGCUUGAAGAAAGCUUACAUGGAGCAACGAAGCAAUCAAAUCCAACUUGUACUUUUGUUGGCACGCCAAAUAUUUGGAACAGCCCGGAGAAAUAGCCUCCAAAUACCGGACUAUAAAUGAUUGGAGAUCCCAAAACUGUCAUCAUCAAGUCUACGACGAAUGUCCUAAAAGUUUCAUUGGCUUAAGAAACUCAAAAAAGUUGUUCAGAAACCAUAAUUGGCAGUUAAUAAGCAGGAAUCUGUACUGGUGUAACAUUUGUGGCGGAGAUUUGCGGAAGAUACAGUAAACGGCUAGAAUAUUCAAUAGUGAAGUGAAACUGAAGGUAACGGCUCCAGAUAUCCGCAGAAAGUUUUCGUUGAGAAUCGGAUGCUGCUCACAAGUUGGAUAGUCCAUGAAUGGAUAUAACCUUGUAAUAAAUGUGCUCAGAAGAUCAGAAAGUAUUGGAGUUCUCCAGGUUUCGGAAAGUUUGGAAAAAGGUCUCCUCGUAUAAAUAACUCUGAAAUGUCUGCUUACAAAGAUCAGGUGUUAUUUCCGUUUUUUUAGUUUAUGAAGGUAACGCAUUUUUGCUCAAAGAAAGAAGUUGAAAAGUGAAAAUAUCAUGGCAAUUUUUGGUUUGUGGGCGUCGACUUUUAUGCUUUUCGCUAGAAAUUUGGCCUUGAGACAAGUUUAAUUGAAGCCUUUGCUCCCUAUGUUUAUAAGGAGCACCGUAAUUUCGAUAAGAACGCGAAAAAAUUUUUCUUUCGAAAUUUCCUCGUUCUUGUCAUCUCUCAAUAAAAACAGUCAUCAGGAAGAAAAGUUAAUUCCCAACAAAUUUAUCAAAAAAAAAUUAUUUAUUUAUUUGAUUGUAAGCUUUUAACGCUUGUUUCCCGAGGUCUUUGUACUCUCACGGCGUUUUCGAAAUAGGCUCUUGCAAAAAUUCACGAUACGGUUUUGUUGAUAACAAAAGAACAAUUGUAGAUAAAAGCCCGUGAAGACCAGCAAGGAAUAUGACUACGAUCCCGAGAUCUAAAAUUUUUGAAAAUUAACUUUAACCAAGAACAAAAUAUUACGCAGUGAAGUUAGUUGGAGGAAUCUUGAGAAGUUGACAGCUACGAUUGAGGGUAAGAUGAGUGCGGCCGGUAUGAAAAGCUGAAAUUUUUCUCAUCGAAGAAAAAGAAACUGGAAAAAGGUCACCUGACAACAUAAAGUCAGGAAGAAUCGUUUUUGCUGUUGUCGUGUAUUUUCCGAAGUAUGGUAAUGGGUUCUGAGAAGGAAGUAGACUAUUCUCAAACUGAAAAAUAGUCCUAAGAAGCAGACCGGAACACCCGCUGCUAUAAAAAUGUAGAGACCCACUAAAUCAAGGUCUAUAAUGAUAGAGUCAGGUGUGAAAAUGUUGUCUGGAGUACAGCCAAGUCUCUGAAAUCAUCGGAACUUUUUAUAAGAUUUUUCGAAUACCUCGACAGCUAUCCUCUUAGCUUUUUCUUGAUCUUCCGGCAUUUUUGAGAAUAAAAUGAAGGAGAGAACUUCUUGAUAAACUAGAAGCAAAAGAAGGAGUGUGAAUCUUUUGUAAUUGGUCAAGCGGAUAGAUGCAUAACUUGGCGUCACACAGUAGUGACGGUGCUCAAAAAGGGCUAUUACUGAAGUUACCAUGCCUGAAAACGCUUCUUAUUUUAUCGGAAAACCCGAAAAAAGGUUCCUACAUGGAGCCACGAUGCAAUCUAAGCCAACUUGAAAUUUCGUAGGUACGCCAAAAAAUUGAAAUAACCCAGAGAAAUAGCCGCCAAAUACUGGACUGUAAAUAAUAGGAGACCCCAAAACUGUCAUCAUCAAGUCUAUAACAAAAGUCCUGAAAUUUUCAUCGAUGAAAUAGCUUGUAGAGCGUUUGAGUAACCAUAGUUGACAGUUUAUCAGAAGGAAUCUGUACUGACGAAGCAUGUGAGCUGGAGACUUGUAGAAUAUGCAGUAGAUGGCCAGAAUAUUUAUUGAAAAUGUCAAGCUGAAUGUAGUAGCUCCAGAUAUUCGAAGAAAUUUCUCAUUGAAAAUUAAAUGACGUUCGCAGAGUGGAUAUUCCAUAAAGCGAUGCAAAAUUCUCCAAAAAAGUUGGAAGAAGCUGAAAAAAUCAGAAAUGAAUGAAAAACUAAAUGCAGAGAAUGGUAAGGUUCUAUUUUGACUUACGAAAACUUCAAAAAGUAGGAAAACUUUGCUCGAAAUAACAAAGUGAAUGCAAAAACGUCUGCAGACAAAGUUCAAGUGUUAUUUCAAGUUUUCAAAUUUCUAAAUUUAACAAAUUUUUGCUCAAGAAGCGGAAAUAUCAAAGCGACUUUUGGUUUGGGGGCGUCGCUUUUUUUUGUGAUUUUAGCUCUAAUUUCUGCAUUGAGACAAGUUUAAUUGAAGCCUGCGUUUCGCACUCAAAAAUAGCCAUGUAAUUACGAAAAGAAACACAAGGACUUUUUUCGAAAAUCCUUUUGAGAUUUCAGAAGGAAUUCGAGAAUUUUUAGCUGAUCAAAACAAUUUUUUUUUCAAAUCCAUGGAAUUUUCAAGAAACUUCUCUUGAGAGCAUUUCCUAGCUUCUCGCCCAAGGCUCUCGAUUUCAAAAACUACUGAGCCACUCAGCUAUUUUUCAAUGUUUUCAUGACUAUUUUUCGAUGAAAUAAUCUAUAUACCUCCUAAGUUUUAAAUUUUCAGUUCGCCCAGAAGUUUGCCGCACGGAUGACCAGCAGAUGUGAUGACAUUUUCAACAAAGGGAUUGAUAAAUGUCGAGAUUUAGCGACUCAAUUAGUUGUCAGUUUAUUGAAUUUUUGGUUUUGGAAUGGUUCUUUGGGACGCGCACGACUCACAACAACUUUUAAAAAAAAAUCAGAAGUCGGUGGAGGGUUUAUUUCAACCGUGAAACGACCGCGACGCUUCUCUGCCAGAAUAGCGCACGGUGCGGUCUAGCCUUUAGCACUUCGGUGCGUAACUUGUGCCUGCACCGUGCAAUAUCGGUGAUUUUUUGGUGCCGCACUGGUGCCUCAUGCUGAAAGCACUGCUUUGACACCUAUGCACCCGUGUGGCACCAAAAAAUCACCGAUGUUGCACGCUGCAGGCCCAAGUUACGCACCCAAGUGCAUGAGGCUAGACGGCACCGUGCGCCAUUCUGGCAGAGUUAGAGCCAUUCUAAAUGCGGUCAUAACCAUUUGAAAUUGACCAUCUAUGUUGAAGGUUAUCUUUUUCAGAAUGCGUGCAAGGAGGCGAUUUUUUGGCCUUUGGAGAUGUUUAUCUGUCCCCAACUCAACAUUGAAAGCAUCUGCAAUGUAAUUUUUAGUUAUUUAACCGGUGACUGAAGAGCGAAACAGUGUCAGAAAAGAAGAGAUUUAGACAUCUCUGGAAGAUUUUUUGUUCUAGGCUAGCUGCUGGAGGUGGAUGUAGGACAAUCCUUUUCUAAUUCGUUUUCGAUUUUCAAAAAAGUUGAAUUCAGAACCUACAAAGAAGGGUUCAAGCCCAAGAACUGUGUCGAACCCAGUUGGAGAAGGCCAAAAUGGACCCAUCGAUGGAAGGCGACCUUCUUGAUGUGAUGAACAUGACGGAGGAGCUUGAGGAAAAUUCCAAGAUCAAUGUAAAAGCGUACAAAAAGAAUAGUAAACCAUCUAAUUUUCAGCUUCACACAGCCCUUGUUGAGUCACCCAGGUUGGAAGUUGAAUAUCAACUCUCAGAUCUGAAAGUCAAGGUCAAGACGGCGAGCAACUAUGUAAAGGUAGGCUUGGAGUUUCUGUAGAAAUAAAAAAAUGGGUAUUUUUUUACAGGGCCUCAUUUCCAUCACUCGCCAAGCGAUUCAAGCCUUUUUUGUCUAUUUUGUUUAUUGCAUUUUCCGCGACGCGGUUGGAAUGAUCCGAAGAUAUAAUGAGGAUGUGGACUUUAAUAAUUGUUUUGUGAACUCGUGAGUGAAUAAUGAGAAUAAGAAUCAAAAUUUAUUGCUCAGUGAUUUUUGGAAAAUUGAUCAGUACCGAAGCCAAAAGGGUCAAGCUCAUUUGACGCAUUUCUCGAAAAGUGAAGUUCGAGAGUGGCAUGUUCUCAAUUUUUUCAGGUCUGUUAUAAAUGAAUCGCGGAAGAACAGUCCAUAAAGUUUAUUCUAGGUGUUCACCCUUUUUUUGAAACUUUUUAAAAAAAGGAAAUACUCUUUUCUGAUUUUCGUCAGAGGCCGAUAAUUCAAUUUUAUUUGCUUUCAACUUAUUUAAAAGUUUAUGCAUAGGGUCUCAGUUCGGGAAACGAAAAAAAUUUACACUUUUGUGAAAUUUCAUUUUUUUGCUUGUUUUCCAAAAAAAUUAAUAUCUAUUGCUACUCGAUGUUUUGAAAACCCGAAUAAUAAAAUGUGGACAUUGUCAUUAUUAUUUUUCGUAGCUUCCCGACGAAAACGGAACGUCGAGCGGCUCUGAGGCCAUUCAUCAGAUGGUUCGUGCUCAUGUUCACCGUUGUGAUGUUGGUCCUCGUCGAUUUCUACUUCUACAGUUUCCUUUUCUCCGUUGUCGAUGGAGCGAAACAGUCUGUCAAUCAGACCGGUCAAUCUUCGGCAAAUAUUGAGGUUUUUUUUGAAACAUUUUGGCCAGCUUUACUGUAUUUCAAUGACAUUUCAAUUGUGAUUUUCUUGUUUUUCAGGGCAUUAGUUUUUCGAUUUUUUUUUUGAUUUCAAUGUAGAGUAACAGGUAUCCAAGACCGUUAUAUGAGGGCUUUAUGAUCAUUUUUUAGGUUAUUUUCUUUCAGAUCACCGGAAAUGGAACGGUGGCUGAUUUUCUCAAAACCAUGGUUAAUUCGAACCAGAGCGUUGAACUUGAUAAGGUUAAAAUUUCUGAAACUUUGAAAUGAAAUGACUUUUUUUUUUUUGAAAUUUAAGGGGUUUUUUCAGAGCAUUAUGUAAGUAGGAUCUUUUUAAAUCUCUUGUAACUAUAAACUUCGAGCAAAAAUUAUGGCGCCUAUUUUGUCAGCUUAUAAAAUUGAAGAUUUUUGCCGAGUUUUUUUCAUUCUUCUUUUUGAGUUAUGACGGUAGUUUUUUAAAGUUCAAAAUUUUAAGGAAUAUAGUCAAUGUUUCCCGACUUGAAAGGCGAGAAAGGCGGGGCAAGGGGCGGGACGCGUAGCGUGUGCGUUCGCGGUCCUUGCCACGUGUUCAAUUCAACCGCCAUCUACUCUUUGAAAAGCCCGUUUUUUUCGCUUUUUUUUCAUUCUUUUUUUCAAUUAUUUAUUGAUUAUGUUCAUGUGUGCAUCAAGAAAUUGUAGAAAAAAUUGAAAAAGAGCGGUUGCCGAGCUUUUUAAAUAGUCGGCGACAAUUGAAUUGAACUCGUGCCAAGAACCGCGAACGCACACGCUACGCGUCAUGCCCCUUGCCCCGCCUCCUUCUCCUUUCAAGUCGGGAAACAUUGACUAUAUCGUAUUUCAUACAAAAUUUUCAUCUUUUUCCAGACAAUAUCUAACGAACACUGCCUUAUCUACCCCAGGCCGCCAAAUCGGGACAUUUUAAUCUGGUGGCUUUUCGUUCCUCUUAUCUUGUCCUUUUUAUUCCAGGUUAAAACGUGAUUUUUGAUCGAAUUCUUCUCCUUUUCCAGGUCCUGUUUUCAUUCGCGAUGCGUAGAAUCGUAAUCAAUUACUUUAUGCCUUUCAUGUACCCUAGACGGUCUCGUGUUAGGCUUAUCUAUCUUUUUAACAAGGUUCUUUUUUUGAAAAUUCUCUUUAUUUAAAAAAAGGUUUCAGCUUCUGGUGAAUCGAGAGAAGCACAGAAGUCAAGCUCGUGCUAGGAUAAGGUUUAUAGUUGAACGAUGGAAUGUUCAAACGGAAGAGGCUGCUGGGUGAGUUUGUAAAAGGGUCGCAUUUGGAAUGGCUCGAGGCGUCGCGGAUGCGUUGCGCUAUGAACGAUUCAGCAUCUUUAUUCAAUGCUUCUCGAUGCAUCAUCGUGAAAGUCGUUUUAAGUCAGCAACCUCUUUUAAGAGUACUUAAAAGCCAUUUCAAAUUUGAUCGCUUUUUGCUACUGACUGUAUCUUCGAUAUGUUGAAAUUUCAGCGCUGAUUGGCUUGCACCUGACUCCUUUCUGAAAUUUUAUAUCAUCGAUAAGCUCUUCAGAACUUCCAAGUGUCUACUAUGCAACGUGAGUUGAAGUUUCUUCUCUUUCACAAAUAAAAUCAGGAUUUCAGGAACGAAUGAGGCCACACCGAUUGUUAUACUGUUCACAGGACAAAUGCCAGGCCAGCUUUUGUCAAACUUGUGUCGAUGAUAAUCAUGGGAUGUGCUAUGCUUGUCUUGUGAGUCGAACGAAUUUUCAGAAAGUUGAAAUAGAUCAUUUAAAGGAUAGUUGGGUAGAAAGUGGACUAGUAAAGAACUCAAUAAGUCCGGGAAAAUGUGUUUAUUUACAAAAAUGGCGAAAGUUAAGGUGUAAAAAAAGUUUAGCUUCAGGAAGAGAGCGAUGACAAGAUGAAAAUCACUUUCUGAACUUCGAUCUCCUGAAAAAAUGUAGAUGCGAAACUUUGAAAGUUCCCGAAAAUUUUUUAGAUUUUUUUGACCCCUCAAGUUUAUCGACAGAUCGGAGAAGCUUCCAAAAGCUAUGCAUAUAUAUAUGUCUUCUAAACUUAGAAGCCUACUAACGAAUAAAAAAGCUAUUCCAAAGACUUACAAAUUUUCUAUAAAAAAAGAUUAAUUUUUUAGGUUACAGCCAAAGAGGUCAACUCACAACGAAGCCAAUUGCUUGUGAGUAAUUUCCGAUCUCCUUUUUUUUUCCAAUUUCUAAUUAAUUUAGCCGAUUGGCAGACCUUCAAACCCGGAAAACAAGCACAAAUUUCUGACACACGCCGAAAAUAUACGCAAAAAAGUGAUGACAGCGCCGAAAGUUGAGAAAAACACUGCCCCUGGACUACCCAAACAAGAAUAA